AUGGAUUCGCAGUGGCAGCCAUACCAGGAUCCCUUAAUGGGUCGUCCUGCGCAGUUGAAUAAUGGGUUGACGUCUAAUCCACCGCAGCUCGGUCCCAAAUACGGCGGUCAACCACAGCAGUCCCAACCGCCUGUGGGAUACACCUACGAAGCCUUUCAAACCCCCGGAAUCGCAGCAAAACCCGCGUCGACCGGUAUGAACUCAAAAUCCGUAUCGAUGGCGUCGUCUCCAGCUGCGACGCCACGUAGCCGCGAUUAUGUCACCGAUGCAGACACGACAAUGGAAGAUGCGGAUCCGUAUAACCGGGCAAAAUAUUCAGCGAGGCCAUCCCACCAUAGCCGGCCUUCCUCCCAGUACUUUCCCACUGAGGAAUCAUCGGCCGCCCGUAGGUAUUCUCCGAUGAACGUGCUGUCACCAUCGAUGCCCUACAAUACGAGUCCCGGAAAGCCUCACAACGCGUAUGCCUUUCCUCCUGGGCCAAAUCAAACUCGCCGUUCACCAACAAGGGUGCCGAAUUACUCCUCGCCGCCUCAGCCGUUUCAGUCGCCUCCAUGUAAGCUCACGUCUUCUUGCGGACUUAUGAAGUUAGCUGGUUCACGCGCCCCGCGGCUUCCCCCUUUGCAGCCCACAGACAUGAGCCCAGAGCAAUUCUACCCCCCGUCGGCAGGAUCUCAACUCAGUGCACCUUUUGGGCAAGAUGGAAGAUCUCCUCGCUCUGCGUCGAUAUCCGGCGGCAGCCAACAACCAGGUCGAGGCCCAGUACCAAAGUUCCAGAAGAUCAAAUCGGUUCAGGAGCUGAAGCCGCGCGUUAAUGCGCAACCCCCAUUUAGACGUGCUAACCCUGAGGGUGGCUUCAUUAGUCCGCUCCAAGCCCUGACCACGCACCUCCCUGCUACAUAUCGGAUAUGCAACCCUGGCUUUAACUACGAAUCCUCGAGAAACCCAAGGCGAGUUUUGACGAAGCCGAGCAAGGGAGUCAAGAAUGAUGGUUACGACAAUGAGGACAGUGACUAUAUUCUGUACGUCAACGACAUUUUGGGGAGCGAGGAAGCAGGCCACAAGAAUCGCUACCUCAUCCUCGAUGUACUAGGACAGGGAACUUUUGGCCAAGUUGUGAAGUGCCAGAAUCUAAAAACACAGGAAGUCGUGGCUGUCAAAGUAAUCAAGAACAAGACCGCAUACUUUAACCAAAGCAUGAUGGAGGUGUCUGUCUUGGAUCUGGUAAGCUGCCCGUUACUCAGCACACGAGUCACAUGCUUACUUCUAUCGCAGCUCAACAGCAGAUAUGAUAAGAAUGAUGACCACCAUCUAUUACGACUUAAGGACACGUUCAUUCACCGACAGCAUCUCUGUUUGGUAUUUGAGAUACUAAGUGUUAAUCUUUACGAGUUAAUCAAACAGAACCAAUUCCGAGGGUUGAGUACGACACUAGUGCGUGUAUUUGCUCAACAGCUCUUGAACGCGUUGAGCCUGUUGAACAAGGCGCACUUGAUUCACUGCGACUUGAAGCCAGAGAAUAUAUUAUUAAAAAAUCUUGAGAGUCCCAUAAUUAAGGUCAUCGAUUUUGGGUCUGCUUGUGAUGAACGACAGACAGUGUACACAUAUAUACAGUCAAGGUUUUACCGCUCUCCGGAGGUUCUCCUUGGAUUACCGUACGUCGAUAUACAAUGUUCUCUCCCACCCCAUGAUGUUCACCUGAGACUGACUUAUUCGUCGGCGAUCGACAUGUGGUCACUAGGAUGUAUCGUCGUUGAACUCUUCCUUGGUUUGCCUCUCUUUCCAGGAUCUUCAGAAUACAAUCAGGUUUGCCGGAUUGUGGAAAUGCUAGGUCUGCCGCCAACGUGGAUGUUAGAGAUGGGGAAGCAGUCUGGUGAAUUCUUCGAAAAGACCCAGGAUGAGUUUGGAAGAAAGACAUAUCGCCUGAAAGGCCUGGAGCAAUAUUCGCGGGAGCAUGGCACGAAGGAGCAGCCGAGCAAAAAAUACUUUCAGGCGUCGACAUUAGAAGAAAUUAUUCGAAGCUACCCGAUGCCGAGAAAAAACAUGAAACAAGCAGAAAUUGAGCGAGAGCUAAACAACCGAGUGGCUUUUAUUGAUUUUGUUCGUGGCUUGUUAUCAAUCAAUCCGCUGGAGCGCUGGUCUCCACAACAAGCCAAGCUGCAUCCUUUCAUUACGCAGCAGAAGUUUACAGGGCCUUUUGUACCUCCCAUGAACCUAAAAUACUCUUCUCUUAAUAAGACUGUUGCUCCUGGUAUUCAGCAGCAGCAGCAGGCCGAGGCCGCAAGCAAACAAAGAGCGGCGCAAGCAGCACAUGCUCAGUCAGCUGCACAGACUGCCUACUCGAUGCAACUGAACCAGUUCCACACACCCACCCAUGCCCAGCCCCCACCUCCCAUGUACAACGGGGUGUUCACUGGCCACCAACAAGGCGCCCCUCCGCCGUACCCUACCCAGCAGCCACCUGGCUACGGUCAUCAAAUGAAUCUAAUGCCAGGUCAGAUGCCUCAAUCACAGUAUGCACCGUCCCAGAGUCUCUAUGCCCAGGCAACUACAAGAGCGGGUCGGCAACGUGCCUCCACGAUGGACCCUCAGGGUGGCGGGAUCCCACCAACUAUUCAGCGAGUUGCUAGUCAUCUCGACCCGAACGCACCCAUUCGAUUACAACCCAGCCCGGCAUAUUACCCUCCCCCUCCUGACGGAUACGUUGACGCCGGUGCUGCGAAUCAAAGACGACGAGGGAGUCGCGCAGGUGGCACACGUAACCGGGACUUCAUUAGGACACUUGAAGACGGCGUAUUAGGGGGAGAUGGUUUCAUGGGCCAGAACCAGUGGCACUAA